AUGGCUGAAGGAGAUUGUUACUGUUCAGGCGAGUUGGACGCAUUGCACCAAGACCGGAACAGAUCUCAAACUACGAUUUGUUUGCCAUCUCCAUACAAACACGUUUCAACCUAUCUUCCAAAGGCCGGAUCAAAGGUAUUGGAGGAAUCCAAUUCCGACCCAUUCUACCUGGAACAGUCGCUUGGAGCGACUCCAACCUUGGGAUCAUACGCACCAACAAUUCGCGAUGAUAGAUUCAGCGGGGACAAUAGCCAGUACUACACAUUGUCAUUGACCGGCAAGGACCUUCCAGAGCAGCAUCAGAAUUUCCAGCAGUACACAGGGCCAGAUAGAUCAACCCUCGCUCAGUUGGAACUGGAGAACAACCUUCGUUUCCACCGUUACACUUCUUCUACUGAAGACUCACGAACCCUACACAGUAGCCACAACUCUUUCAGCUCCGUCCACACCGACGCUACUGUACCAGACCUUACACCAAGCAGCUCUUUCUCAUCUACCUACUCCUAUUCAUCUCCUUCCUGUCCUGACGCCGUGAUCAAGGCCACAGAGAAGCUGUACCACCACGCACACCGAGCCCCAGUUGAGCCUCGUGCUUUCUACCUUCCUGCAUCAACACCUCCCAAAUACUCUCUUCCUCCUCCGCCACCUGUGCCUGCUUUGACCCCGGCCACUACUCGUCCCACAACCCCGGCUGAAUCAUCGAACGGCUCCACAUCAACUUUGACAAUGAAGUACGAGACAUCCAGUAUGUCUUCGUCUUCAAGAAGAAGAAAGGCCCACCCCACACUGCCCAAUCUAUCAAACACAGCCGGUUCUAUGAGCUCUCGCAGGAAACAAUCUGGUAUUGGAUCCCGACCUCCCUUGGAUCCUUCUAUGAUCUCGCCCCCAAGCUUGAUCAACCCAGUGACCAUGGAGCCACAUGCCACACAUUUUGACCAGGCUCUCUUCAUUCCUGCCAAUGAUGGUGCCAGUCCUCUUCCAAGCCCAGUUGCUAGCUCCCCUCCUAUCUCUCGCCAGUGGACUGCCACAUCCGUGGAACGACCCUCUACUUCUACUGUGGAUGCUCACUGUGAGCAAUCUGUAUGGGAAUCCGACUCUGAGAACGAGUCGAUCAGCAACAAGUCUCUCUCUCGCAAGCAUAUCGAUACACUACGCAAGGUUCGCAGCCGUGCCAAGCUCCGUGCUGCAAAGUCUCAACCUCGUCUCCGUCAAGCUAUGCUCGAUGAACAAGCACCUGAGCGAUUCCCUUCCCUGCCCGAUGAUGUUGUGGGAGAUACUCUCACUGAUUUCCGGGGUGUCAGCAUGGAUCGCCCAAGCAUUAGCCGCCCUAGUACUGGGCGCCCAAGCACCAGUCGUGAUGGUACUCGAGGUCACCCACUUCAAACUCUUCGCAUUGUUGCCCCUUCAACUACCUCUCUUAUGAAGCCUCGCUCCCGUCACAACAGUGGACCAUCUGACAGUGCCAAUGACUCCGACAUGGACUGGUCUGCUGCGGCUGCUAUGCAAGCACAGUCUCGCCGUCGCCAACAAUCUGACAGCCCUGAGUUCAUGAAGUCAGACAAGGAACAGCUCACAUCCAUGUGCUAUGAGCAACACUCUCCUGCCGCCUUUCAAGAAUCCGCCCAAGAACGGCCCUUCUUCCGUCGUCUCUUGGAAUCUCUCCGGUCACUUAACUGUGCCCGGCCCAUGAAAUCCAACAACACGACUACUAUCUGA